AUGGAAAAUAUUAAUGAAUCCACACAAACAAACGACAGACCAAUCCAUCUCAUUUUUUCCUCAUCCUCCGUCAUACUGCAUGUACCAGGUUGCCCCCGAUUCCUGAAACCGUUCAUCCAAAAGUAUGCACCUCACUGCACGCGGCAUUGGGGCGUUCGUGUUGGCGAUGAUGUCUGGGAUCUCUUCAAAUACAGUGGAUAUGUCGACUUUUCCGUGAGGAGUUGGGAGGAUGUGGAGGGACGUUACAACUCGGAGGUUUUCGUGGGCAAGACUGAGGCUAGUAAUGAGAGCAUUACUGCAAUUGCCAAUGACUUAAAAUCGGCUUACCCUGCCUACGAUGCCUUUGGUGACAACUGUCAGCACUUCGCAAUAGGCCUAUGCAGACGCAUCCCAAAGAAUCGCAAAGUGGAAGACAUUACUGGUCGCGGUGCAAUACUUGCAAGUGAAUUCCAUGUCUUUAUGGGUGAGUUUGAAGGGAUGAAUAGGGACUUCAUUCACCCAAUGCAGGCUAAGGACACCAUAAGAGCUGCGAAAGCACUGCUGCAUUCGACAGUCCUCACGCAAAUGCGCUAUAGUACGUAUUUCCUCGAACCCAUCAUCUACCUGCUCUUCGAGUUUUUUCGGAAUUACGUCUCUUCAGCAGUGGCCUGGUUCGCGGAGCUCGCCGAAAUACUCACACCAGAGGGUUGGGUUUUAUUGCACAAUGGGGCUCCAUUUCGCAGACACAUCUCGUCAGUCUCGUUUGGAUCGGCCUCGAUAGCUUUCCGCGGUGUUGUGGAUAUCAUUACUCAAGUUGCAGUCAGUCCGUGGAAUUUCUGGCAGAGGUAUUCAUCGACGGAUGCUCAGCUCUUAAGGGUUGGAAUCAAUGUGCUGAGGGAGGGCUCGGCAGCUUCCGUGAGCCAGCCUGAUGCAAAUACUGUUUUACGGGUACAUAUUCCUGAGGCAGGGAAUGCUGUGGACAAUAUCCAGGGCCCAGAUGAGGGCCCAGAUGAGGAAGUCAUCGACAGGAGGCGUAGUGUAAGGAGAGUUGUGGACUUUGUUGAUCCCGCAUGA